AUGGCAACAUUAACAUCAAAGAAUAAUUCAAAAUUAUUUAUUGCUAUUGAAGAACGUUCACGAGAUAGACCUAUUAAUAAGGAUUUUGAAUAUCCAUUAUUUUGUAUCUUUCGUAUAUCAACAACUGAUCCAAAACCAGAUGAUGAAAUACUAGUUUAUGAACGUAAAAUAUUAAUCCAAAAUGAUAAAGGUGAACAACCCACGUCACCUAAACACAAUCAUCCUCAAAAUUAA